AUGAUUGUUACUAGAAAAAUGACCUGCCUUUGCAGCCUCUGAAGAGUGUCGUCUGAUAAAGACAGUCUUUCCUCACAAUGAGAGAGAGAGAGAGAAGGAAGGACCUCUUUGAUUCCACUGAAGGCUUUCUUAGAACAUAAACCAGCUUUUGACCUUGAUCGAGAAAGAGCUUCUGAUGUCCUCAUGGCUGAGAGCAGUGCCGGAUUCCUGGAGAGAUCAUUGCAGAAAAUCCUGGAGGAGGAUGUUGUCAGCUCAGAUACACAACUCCAGAGCUUCAGGCGGUUCUCCUACAAAGAAGCGGAAGGGCCCCGAGAAGCUUGCAGCCGACUCCACCGUCUCUGCCGUCAGUGGCUGAAGCCAGAAAGGCACACCAAGGCUCAGAUCCUGGACCUGGUGAUCCUGGAGCAGUUCCUGGCCAUCCUUCCCCCGGAGAUGUCCCGCUGGGUGAGGGAAUGUGGAGCGGAGACCAGUUCCCAGGCGGUGGCCCUGGCCGAAGGCUUCCUCCUGAGCCAGGCAGAAGAGGAGCGGAAGGGAAAUGUGGACAUUCAGCCUGAUUUCUCAGUGACAGAGAAGGCGGCGCAGCCGGAGAGCAGACAGCAUCUUCUGCCAAGGGGGAACACGCCAGGCGGUGAAGGAGGUGCCAGUUUGCAGGGAGCUGGAAUGAUGCCAGUAGCAAGGACUCCGCCAUCUUCCCUUCCCUCGGAUGGAGAGGAACCCCAUCAGGUAAGCAGAAGGGCUAAACUGCAGUCCAUGAGUACAUCAAAUGCUCUCAUCCCAUCCCUGGGAAGAAUCAAGGGGGCAUUUGUUCCAGUUUUGCUUGUGUCCGAAUAUUUCCAAAACAAAAACCAUUAAGUGCUUUGUAUUUGGGAUUUCAGGAAAUUGAGAUAUUAAACAUGAGAGAAAUGAAAACUGAUGGAGUCACCCAUCCAGACCCCACAGCUUUGAGUGCUUAACUCUU